GCAAAGGGAGAGAACAGAGGAUCAGCUGAGUUAAAUCACGCAAGAAAAGCUCUUCCCCUCCGGCACAUCCCUCAGAAGUGCAGGGACAGGUUCCCCCACCCCCCACCCCCCUCUUUGGGCAAGAAGACAAAGAAACAAGUGGCCCCAUGGGGAAAGGGGGUGAGAAAGGAGGGGAGUCGGGGGAGCCGGAGGCGCAGAUCCGCUUCUACACCUGGGAGGAGAUCCAGAAGCACAACCUGAGGACGGACAAGUGGCUGGUGAUAGAGCGAAAGGUUUAUAAUGUCACCAAGUGGGCAUACAGACACCCGGGGGGUCAACGAGUGAUCAGCCACUGCGCCGGCGAAGAUGCCACGGAUGCAUUCCAGGCCUUCCACAUCAAUCCCACCUUGGUGCAAAAGUUUCUCAAGCCAUUACUUAUUGGAGAGCUUGCUCCAGGGGAACCUAGCCAGGACCGAGAUAAAAACUCUCAGCUGGUGGAGGAUUUCCGGACCCUGAGGAAGACAGCAGAGGACAUGAACUUGUUCAGAGCAAAUCCUUUGUUCUUCUCUCUUUACUUGGGCCAUAUUAUUGCAAUGGAAGUUUUGGCUUGGUUAAUGGUUUCAUACUUCGGUACUGGCUGGAUCACAACUCUCAUCCUCGCCUGCAUCCUUACGGCUUCCCAGGCGCAGGCAGGGUGGCUGCAACAUGAUUUUGGACAUCUCUCUGUCUUUAAGAAGUCUUCCUGGAACCACAUCGUCCACAAGUUUGUCAUUGGACACCUGAAGGGUGCCUCUGCAAACUGGUGGAACCAUCGUCACUUCCAACACCACGCCAAGCCCAACAUAUUCAAGAAGGACCCAGAUGUGAACAUGCUGCAUAUUCUUGUCCUCGGAGAUACGCAGCCUGUUGAGUAUGGCAAGAAGAAGCUGAAGUACCUACCUUACAACCACCAGCACGAGUACUUCUUCCUCAUCUUCCCGCCUCUGCUCAUCCCUGUGUAUUUCCAAAUCCAAAUCAUCUCGACCAUGAUCAGGCGCAGGUUCUGGGCGGACCUAGCCUGGGCCAUCAGCUACUACAUGCGCUACUUCAUCACAUACAUCCCAUUCUAUGGCGUUCUGGGAUCCCUGUCUCUCCUCACUUUUGUCAGGUUUCUGGAGAGUCACUGGUUUGUGUGGGUCACUCAGAUGAAUCACAUUCCAAUGGAAAUUGAUUGUGAGAAGCACAGAGACUGGCUUAGCUCUCAGGUGGCAGCCACCUGCAAUAUCGAGCAGUCCUUUUUCAACGACUGGUUCACCGGGCACCUGAAUUUUCAAAUCGAGCACCACCUGUUUCCAACAAUGCCACGGCACAACUUCUGGAAGGUGAAACCUUUGGUGAAGUCAUUGUGUGCCAAGUAUGGAGUCCAAUAUGAAGAGAAGCCUCUUGGAAAAGCAUUCGUAGACAUCGUUGGGUCCCUAAAGAAAUCUGGAGAUCUAUGGCUGGAUGCUUACCUCCAUAAGUGAACAUGAAUCUUAAUGGGGAGG